CCUGCCCCCAACCCAAGCUCGGUGCGCGCCGCCGUUACCUCCUCUCUAUCCCCCGCCCGUCUCCUCCCCCCUUCCCGUAAGGGGGGCGUUCCUGCGUUGAUUGGUCGGGCCUUGAGGCGUUUCUCUAGUCUUGGUUGAUUGGGUGGUUCGAGUAACCUCGGUCAUGAUGGGAUUUUGCGGUUGAUUUUUUUUGGCAUUUGGUGUUGCUUUGAUGCUUGCUUGCGUCCUCUGAUGGAGGAGGCAGGGAGAGAGAAGGAUAUUUCGGUGGCAGUGGAGGACCUUGGCGCAGCCACUAAGGAUACAGUAAAUAUAAGCGCGAAGCCUACAAGGAGAUACCCGCUCCUGUCAUGGACAACUAUAUUGGCCUUGAUCGCGCUUGUCGGAGUAUACAUUUUCUCAGUAUCUUUUAAGCAAAAUGGGAUGCUUCUUGGUCUUAUGCAGACAAACAUGAUAGAAAAACAAAGGGAAAAACUUUGCCAGGACCCCAGCAUUCCGGUGACUGAGAUCCCUUAUGUGCAUUAUCCCACACCUGACACUUACAGUAGGAAAGAAUGUGCGUGCACACCAGUUAGAUUCUUUGCUAUAUUGUCGAUGCAGAGGUCAGGAAGUGGGUGGAUUGAAACAUUAUUGAAUAGCCAUGAAAAUAUUAGCUCCAAUGGCGAAAUUUUCUCUAUCAAGGAAAGGCGUAGUAAUAUAACUUCGAUCACAAAAACAUUGGAUAAAUUGUACAAUCUGGACUGGCUCAGUAGUGCUGCUAAAAAUGAAUGUACAGCAGCUGUGGGGUUGAAAUGGAUGCUGAAUCAGGGUUUGAUGAAACAUCAUAAAGAGAUAGCUGAAUACUUCAACCAAAGGGGCGUGUCUGCAAUUUUCCUGUUAAGAAGGAAUCUUCUCCAGCGUUAUGUCUCUGUAUUAGCAAAUGCUCAUGAUAGUGCGACAAAGCAGCUAAAUGGAACUCAUAAAUCUCAUGUGCACUCUAAGCACGAGGCUGAAGUUCUUGCUCAAUUUAAGCCAGAAAUAAACACAACAUCAUUGAUUGCUGACCUUAAGAAGUUUGAUAAGUUGGCAGCUGAUGCUUUGGUUAACUUUAAAACGACCCGCCAUAUUAUUCUGUAUUAUGAGGAUGUUGUUAGUAACAAAACUAAGCUCAUGGAUGUCCUGGAUUUUAUGAGAUUGCCGAAGAGAAAGCUGUCCAGUAGGCAUGUGAAAAUCCAUACCAAACUUUUGCGUGAUCAUAUAUAUAACUGGGCUGAUGUUAAUAAAACUUUGAUGGGAACACAGUAUGAAAGUUUCCUGAAUGACUGAAGGUGACUGAACUAGCUUGCUCAUAUGUGUUGUAAAUAAUGAUGUAGUGAGUAUUCAUUCUUUUGACAAUUGUUUUCCUCCCUGAUAUAGGUAACAGAAUUAGUCAAAAUUGGCAGUUUCGGCUAUCAUAUGUUAAUUUAGAGGGCUCAUUUGUUUUUCACUGACUUUGUAGCACGUAUAGAGUUAAGUGACUAAAUCAUGUAUAUCAUACAAAGGCAUGGCUUUUGUUAUACCUAUGGAAUCACCUAAUCACAUGCCUCUAGUUCAGACUUUCAGAAUAUAAGUGCAUGAUGAUCCUUUCUAGUUUUGGCAUCAUAUCAUUAUUCU